AUGGCAGACCUAAUAACGUUUAAGCGUAUCCUAAACUACAUUCCAGGGAUCACCGAAUACCGGUUCAAAAUGGCGAGACAGCACUCUCUUCAAUAUGGGCGGGGUGCCUUGCCAGCCCGAACAAAAAGUCCUAGGAUGAGAGUAGAUAAUAAACAGUUGGAUCACUUUUUGACUUACAUAACUAGCCCGCACGUUAUCCAGGAUCUUCCUUUUGGGCAGCGAUAUCUCCGCCUAUCUUCUGGAAAGAUAUUAGAAACCCCAAAUGUCAUUAGGGCGAUGAUCCCUAACAGGCUAGUAAAGCAGUACCAGGCUUCUUAUUGCGAGGAGACGAAUUUCACUCCAUUCAGCCCAACAACAAUGUUAAGAGUCCUGUCUGCCUGCAGGGCGACCGUAAGGAAGUCCUUGCAAGGGCUCGACUACAUUGCUUCGGAUCGCGCGAAAGGGUUUAAAGCUUUGUGUGGAAUAGUGGACCAACUGAAAGAGAGAGGUCUGGACAGAGAGACUGCCAAAAAAUGGGAAGUGUCUCUGAGGGAAGGCAAGCAUUAUCUGAAGGCUGAUUAUAAGGUAUCAGAUACGGUUUAAAACAUGGUUAACUGAAAGUAAACCGUAAUAUAUAACGAACUGCCACGAGACUGGCAAAAUGGCAAAAACUGUUAACUUUGUCGUGAGGGCUUAUUUAAAUCAGGUGGGUUCUUUUCCAAACUAAUUAUACUAUUGUUGGGCAAGAGAACACCGCUCUCUAUACUGGCGACCGUCUUCGCCUUGCUAGGUGUGUACUUUAUUCUACCAAGAUUCAUAUUUUCUAAUUGCUUUAACCAAACUUGGCAAAAAUAUUGCGGGUACAAUAGAUGAAAGCUCAGAAACUUCAAACGGUCACUAAAUUUACUACUUUGUCUUUUUUGAAGGUUCAUGUAUCCGAGUCCUCCUCGGUUGCAGACCACUGCAGCGGAUACGCUCUCAGCGAUAGUAAGGACGAUGAACUAAGAUCCCAAUGCUCUCAUAAUCAUGACAUUCAGUGUUCACAGUGUGAAAGUCUCAGUAAUGUUCUUUUUUCAAUUAAAACAUUCGUGACUGAGUCAACGUUUGUACCUGAAGAACUAGAAGACGUCUUGUACACGCAUAGUCAUGCAGUCCAGGCAAUCCACCCCUGGAAAGCACAUCAACUCAGGUGUGUCAGGCAAGAUACAGCAAGGAUGGCGUGCUUAAGCGCUUUAGAUGAGACCUCUGUACUUAUAACACAAGAUUGGGCUAUGAAGUUUUUACCGCUCAAAUAUAGAGAAAACCAAUCAGAUUGGUACGGGAAACGAGGAAUAUCGUGGCAUAUAAGUGUCAUCGCAAGAAAAAUGAGAGGGCUUUUAGAAAGUCAGUCCUUCGUCCACAUAGUUGAGAAUACAUCACAAGACAGCUCAGUUGUAGUGCGAAUUAUUGAGGACACCUUAAGGUCGCUGAAAGAGGAGAAUCCUAGAAUCAACAGUGCCUUUCUACGGCAAGAUAACGCGGGAUGUUAUCACAGUUCUGCUGUAAUAGCAUCAUGCACCCUAAUGAAGGCAAAUACUGGGAUAGACGUUUGCAGAGUAGAUUUCAGUGACCCUCAAGGAGGCAAGGAGGCAAGGGGGCUUGUGACCGAAAAGCCGCCACUAUCAAGGCCCAUGUCCGCAGGUAUGUAAAUGAGGGCCACGACGUGCAAGAUGCUGAACAGCUUCAAACAGCUAUCCUGUCUAAUGGCGGUGUCACCGGGGUUCGCGUUACUGUUGUUAAUGCUGCCGUUUCUGCCUGUGAACUGCCUCAAGUCAAACUUGAUGGCAUCAGCUCGUUAAACAACUUUGAGUACUGCAAAGACCAGUUGACAGUUUGGAGAGCUUUCAACGUCGGAAAUGGAAGGGAGAUCAGCCAAACGAAAGUUCAAGGUAAAAAAAAAAUACGGGCAUAGUGAUAUGUAAAUGUACUGUAUUGGAGUGUUGCAAAUACUCAGUGACUUAGCCAGCUAAUAAUUACGGAUAACGGGCAAUAUUAACAGAGUGUAAGAGAGUCUAUACUAAUGGCUACUAUGGACAACUCAGUCAGUUGUGUACAUGAUAAAUUAACAAACCUUUAAAAGACGCGAAAAACGUUUCAUCUAAAAUUAAAAGACUUCCAUUUCAAUGUUCGCUUUUUUACUUGCUGAUUUUCCCCUGGUGACUUUGUAAAAGCAUCCAAGGAAGCCUCAAAGAAGCCAAGACCCAAUGAAACGAUGACAGUAGAAGAAGCGAAAGACGCUUCUGUCUUGUUCUCCUGCCCAAAUGAAGGUUGCAUCAAGGUAUACGAGAGUUACUCGAGUCUCGAAAGGCAUAUGUCGUUUGGCAAAUGCAAGUUGAUUCCGGAGAAAGGGACUUUGCUGGACAGGGCUAAAUUAACGUACCACACUAUCCUUCAGAACGAUAUUGGCAUUGCAAAAGUAUUUGAAGGAAGGGAAACGGAGAAGAAGCACGGUGUCAGUUUACCUGAGGGUUGGGCGUUGAAAACUGCAAAGAAGUCGUCACGGUUUAACGAAUCACAAAGAAAGUACCUGGAGGAAAAAUUUGAGCUUGGACAGCAAACAGGCCACAAACAAAACCCUGAGAAAGUGGCGAGAGAUACGCGUUUUGCAAAAAAAGCAGAUGGUUCGAGGCUGUUCUCGAGUGAUGAGUUUCUUACCUCGCAGCAGAUACAGUCUUUCUUUUCAAGAUUAUCGUGCAAGUUGCGUCACGCUGUAGAGGUUAGCGACUCAGAUUUACAAGCUUCUCAGGAUGAACAAGAGUUUUGCGACACCCGCCAGACUGUGUUAGAGGAAGUACAGCUAGAACAUCCCAUCGCUUAUGACAACCUAAACCUUUGCGAAUUGACCAAGAAAGGUAACAUGAAAACACUCAGCAUUGCAAUGCUGAAGAACAUAUCAUAUUUUGAUAUCUGCACGGAAGAAUUUAACCCAAGGCGCAAGGCAUAG